AUGAUAUCUGACCAACCGGCUGCGAACUCUUUCCCAGCUACAUUAGAUGCUAUUAUCCCCAGACUACCAGAAAAGCUUCGCAAGCCAAAGGUCGGUAUCAUUUGUGGGUCUGGGCUGGGUGGUCUUGUAGAUACUCUUCGAGAAAUCGUCCUGAUACCGUAUGAUACCAUUCCUGGGUUCGCACAAAGCAGCGUACCUGGCCAUAAAAGCUCACUAGCGUUUGGAAUAAUUGGCGCUGGGGAAGGUGUGCCAGUUGUUGCAAUGCUUGGCAGAUUUCAUCCCUAUGAGGGCCAUAAGUUGUCAACUGUCGUUUAUCCUGUCCGAGUCAUGGCAAAACUUGGAGUCACUGAUGUUAUUGUGACUAAUGCAUCUGGUGCCCUCAAUCCUGAUCUUGCUGUCGGAACAAGUGUUACGUACGUAGUUGUCGUUAUCCAUGACCAUCUGGCGCUGCCAAACCUCACAGGGAUGAACCCUCUGCUCGGCCCCCUGAUCUCUCCAGAACAUCCCCGCUUCUUGGCGGUAUCUGAUGCGUACUCAGCAUCCCUACGACGUCUUGUCUUCCUCGCUUCACAUCAACUUUCUCUCGGAACAGACGCACUUGCGGAAGGCGUCUACGCGUGGGUCAGUGGGCCUACUUACGAGAGUCCCGCAGAAGGAAGAUUCCUUCGGAACGCUGGCGCAGAUGUAGUUGGAAUGAGUACCGUUCCAGAAGUUGUAGCUGCCAGACAGGAAGGCCUGAAUGUCCUGGCAUUAAGUCUGGUCACCAACGCUGUCGUUAUUCCGGACAAAUACAGAAGCGUCAAGGAGGAAGUAAAGGCUGAGCUCAUGGGGAAGGCGAUUGAACUUUCUGUGCCUGAAGUUGUGUCACAUGCAGAGGUGUUGACAAUUGGUCAAGAGAAAGGCAACGUAAUGCGCCAGCUAGUAGAACGGGUUAUUGAAAUGCUUUCGCACAGUUAG